AUGACACAGAAUGGGACAACUUCUUUCCAUGGCACCGCAUACACCAACGGCGUUGUGUCAGCAACGCUCCUGGCGGCCAACCUGGAGUUGAGCUUCUGGGGCGGAGUCAACCCUAAAACGGGUGAAGUCAUCGAUCGCUUCCAUCCACUAAGUGGAUGCCUUUUACAAGAUACUAUCUUGGCUAUCCCCGGUGGGAGGGGAUCGUGCGGUGGUAGUGUGAUCAUGAUGGAGUUGAUCCUCAAUGGGCUUGGUCCUAAAGCUCUGAUUUUCAAGCGACGAGAAGAGAUCAUUACACUUGGGGUUAUUGUUGCUGAAGAAUUCUUUGGCAAGACCGCUCCGGUAAUUGUAUUGAGGCCAGAGGACUUCAACCAAGUUCUAGGUUGGAAUGGGACUACUGUUUAUAUUCAUCAAGACAAAGUCUCAAAUAGACCCUUACAAUUAAGCCCUCCAGAGCUUCACCGCGCCACCUUCGAUAUCAGCAACAUUAAAGUUCAACUGUCCGACUUCGACAAGGCUACCAUCGAGGGUGCCAACGGAGAGGCCACUAGGAUCUCCAUGAAGGUUCUAGCUCGGGUGGCUGACAUGAUGGGCGCCCAAGAGAUGAUGGAUGUGAGCCAAGCCCAUGUUGAUGGUGCCUGGUACGGCCCAGGAAGCGUCGCCUUUGCCAAGAGGCUUCGUGAUUGGGGUGGAAGGUUUCGGAUUCCUUCCACUAUUAACUCUCUUAAUAUUGACCAGCGCCACUGGAGAACCUUAGGGAUCGAUGCAGAGUUUGGCUCAACUUGUGAUGAGUUGACACAAGCCUUCCUCGAUAUGGAUGGCAAGGUGUCGUUCACAUGUGCCCCCUAUCUACUCGAGACCGCUCCCAAGCUAGGGGACUCUAUAGCUUGGGGAGAGUCCAAUGCCGUCAUCUACGCGAAUAGCGUCUUGGGUGCUAGGACUCUCAAGAACCCAAAUAUGCUUGAAAUUCUUAUUGCCUUGACGGGAAGGGCCCCAAAGGCAGGGGUAUUUCUGGAUGAAAAUCGUAUAGCAGAGUUACAUGUACACGUGCGGCCAUUCAGAAGUAUCGAUAGCUCUUUCUGGCCUGUUCUGGGCUAUGCACUUGGAGCCGCUGCAUCUACACGCAUUCCUGUUAUUACCGGGCUCGAAGACAUGAAACCUUCCACCACGGACUUCAAAGCUUUCUCCGCGGCCUUUGCUACAUCAUCGAGCGCAGCCAUGUUCCACAUGGUCAAGCUGACUCCCGAGGCCCCAACCCUCGAAGCCGUAUGCGGUGGCGAAGUGCCCCCACGGAUCAGUCUCGGUUGGAAGGAAUUGAGUGAUUGUUGGUAUGAGUUCAACCACAGCUCUGAGUCUCGUCAGGUCGACCUCAUCUCCUUGGGCAAUCCACACUUCACAUUGCAUGAGAUCAAGGACCUCUCUAUCCUUUGCCGAGGAAAAAAUAAGCACGCGGAUGUAGCAGUUAUAGUAACCUGUGGCCGUUCAGUGCAUGCCCUUGCCUUACAAGCAGGCUACGUGAGAGACCUUGAAGCGUUUGGCGUGCAGUUCCUUACGGAUACAUGCUGGUGCUCAAUAGAGGAGCCCAUCAUUCCAACGAAUGCAAAAGUCAUCAUGACAAACUCGGGCAAGUAUAUCCAUUACGGGCCAGGGCUCACCGGGAGACAGUUCUGUUUUGGAAGCUUGGAGAUGUGCGCAGAGGCGGCAAUAACAGGAAAAAGCACCGGGAUGCGACCUGAGUGGUUGCAGAAGGCUAAUUGUAUGUAG